UUUUCCCUAAAGACGGGGAGCAAAUGAAAUUAAAGGUUGUUGCUUCGGGGGCGGGGCUACAAAGGUUUGUCUUAGCAGAAGGCGAAUAGCGGGCGAGUAGCUACUGAGCUGACUUGGCGUGUUGUUUACUUGGAUAUUUCCCUUUUUUUUUAAAAACAACAACAUAUCCAUCUACAGGUGGCAGGAGGCAGCGCUACUUUAUUCUGGAUGGCCAGCAGGUGUUUGUUUAUUUUAGCGUCGUUUGUGCUCUGAAGCCCGUAAUUUCGACUCAGAUUGACAGCAGGUCACGUCGUUAUUAGCAACAAGGUGCUAACAUCCCCCGUGCAUAUCAGCUGUCUCAGCGCUGUAUGUGCGGCAACAACAUGUCAGCGCCUUUACCUGCCAUAGUGCCUGCUGCCCGGAAAGCCACCGCGGCGGUCGUAUUCCUGCAUGGACUUGGUGACACUGGGCACGGCUGGGCAGAGGCUUUUGCUGGCAUCAGACUACCUCAUGUGAAGUACAUUUUUCCACAUGCCCCCACCAUGCCUGUCUCAUUAAACAUGAGGAUGUCCAUGCCUUCUUGGUUUGACAUCUAUGGGUUGAGCCCAGAUGCAGAUGAAGAUGAGGCUGGAAUCAAGAGAGCUUCAGAGAAUCUUAAAACCUUGAUAGAGCAAGAAGUGAGGAAUGGCAUCCCUUCACACAGAAUUAUCCUGGGAGGAUUUUCACAGGGUGGAGCAUUGUCUCUUUACACAGCACUGACAACUCAGCAGAAGCUGGCCGGCGUGAUCGCUCUAAGCUCCUGGCUUCCCCUCCGCAAGUCAUUCCCUCAAGCAGCAGCCAACAGUGCUAACAAGGACAUGCACGUGCUGCAGUGCCAUGGAGACGCAGACCCUCUGGUCCCAUUGAUGUUUGGCACCCAGACGGCAGAGAAAAUGAAGAGUUUGAUCAACCCGGCAAACAUGGCCUUCAAGACGUAUCGAGGUCUACCUCACAGCACCUGUCCUGAGGAAAUGGUGGACGUUAAACGGUUCAUAGAGAAACAUCUUCCCGCCGUUAGCGAUGAAUGAACUUCGGGCAUUUUUGUUUGGAUUCAGUCAGAGCUCCACUCCAGCGAGACCAGACCGGAGGAGCACCGACUCACUUGACAAAAAAUCCAUGCUGCUAUUCCAUAGAUUCAGACGGGGACUGGGACAGUUUUCCUGGGAGAGGCAUGACUGGCGCGGUGCUGCAUUCUGACCUGGAGCCAUGCGCAACCCUCAGUGUUACAGCAGAAAUACCUUAUUUGCUUGAUUGUUAAGAUCUUGCCAUUCAGAUGAGCCAUUUCUUACUGGAAAUGUGUUUUAAUAACCAGGGCUAUACAUUAUGACUUAGUAUUUACUUUCUUAUAAGUAUUUUUUUGCCAUAAUUACUUAGUGUAGUACUAAUUAAAGCUUGUGUUGAUUCGUUGAAUUAGAUAUUUCCAAUGUAAGAUCCGUUCUUUGUUGCUUACAGAUUUUUAAAUUUGGAUUUUGCUGCUUUUUAUUUUUGGAUUUAUCUUAAAAGAAUUUCUUUCGUGUUUAUUUUUAAACAAGCUAAACAUGUGGGCUUCUUGAAUGCCUUAAUUUGUCUUAGCAUCCUCUGAGGGCAAUUUUGAAAAUCAUGUGUAAUUUCAAGGCAAGCCAGUGCAAAGCUUUAGCUUUAGAAAAGAGUGGAAUAUUCUGUGAAUGUUCAAAAGAAACGGACAACAAAACGUGAUCUGAUUGUGCUUUAUUUAAAUUGUGAGAAUUCAAAUAACUAUUUCACACAAAUUGGUUUUAAAUACACAAAUAUCAGUGGUCAUAA